AUGGACCUUCAAACUCUUUCCUCUGUACUACCGCCUCCCAGGCCCAGCCUCCUCGGCUUGCCACUCGAGCUCCGUAACGAAAUCUACCGCAACCUCCUCUCCACCGGCCGCAAUCGAAUCGAUCUCGGUCUCGGCCGCGCCCGUUACAGCCUCCAAACGGCCGUCUUGGCCACCAAUCGCCAAAUCCACGACGAAGCCACCGCAGUCCUGCGCGAGAACAGGUUCAUCAACAUCGUCACGUCAUGGACGUCCUUCAAACAGGACAUCCUCGUGCAAGGCAAAUUCCCCAUCAUCGCCGAAGGCGACGACAGAUCCCCGUCCCCGGAGUCCCACAUGCUCGUGGCACUGGACUUCAUGGGCGACGUGGACACCUCGCGCCUGUACGCCUACGUCACCUGCCUGGCCGAUCUGCCCCAUCUCUGCCGACUGCUCUUCUACGCCAGCAGUCUGAGCCCGAACUUCAGCAGCUUGCUGCACGUCACGCUCGCGAUCCGGGACCCGCAGGGGCGGGCGGAGAAGACGGUCGUCCCGAAGGCGCUGCAGGAGGCGCUGAUGAUGCCGUUUGCGGUUUUGAAGGGCCUGCACGGUUUGACGAUCAAAGGGGCCAGGAACAAGGCGGUGGAGAAAGAGCUGAGGAAGGCGAUGGGCGUCCCUAAUCCCACGGCGGCUGAUUACCUUGAGGCGGCGGCAGGGCUCAAAGAUGCCGGUAAUGCUGCCUUCAAGGCGGGGGACUACGCGCUGAGCAUUCGAAUCUACAUCCAGGCUUACGAAGCGAUGCAUUUCAUCGUGGAAGGCAAACGCUUUGCCAUCAUGCUGGACGGCUACUUCGCCUCUAACCCGCUGACCGGAGGCCGCUUCGACGGCCAGCGCGGCGACUUGGUCCGCCACCACCUAGGCUCGCAGCUAAGCUGGAACAUCCUGGCCGCGUACCUGAAGACGGAAGAUUGGGAGCAGGCGUACUUCUGGGGCGAGAGAGCCAUUUCGGACAUCGAGUAUGCGGACGUGCAGCAGAGCAUACUGGAUGGGACGCCGAAUCUUGUCACCGGUGCCGAAAAAGCAAAGGUCUAUUGGAGGAUGGCGGUGGCGAGUCAGGCGUUGGAUAGGAAGCAGGUCUGGGCUAGGAGUCUGAUGAAGGCGUACAUGUUUGCGCCGCAGGACAAGAUCAUCGGGCGCGAGAUGGAGGCGUUGGAGAAACGGUUGCAAAGGCAGGAGUUGGAUCUUCAAGACCUUAAAUCUUGA